AUGAAAAACUUGUGGAAAAGAUUUAGCUUGAGCGGAGCAGCACCAUCCUCUGCAUCAUCAUCCACAACAACAAGUACCUCAUCAUCGAAUUUUAGUAAUACCAACGGAGAGGAAAGACUUGAUGGUAAAUACGGGAAUACAUUAACGAAUUCUACGGUGCCCAAUGUACAACCAGAAUAUUAUUUAAAGUUUAUUGUCAUUGGUGGCCCGAAUGUGGGAAAGUCUGCCAUUGUUAACAACAAUGGUCUGUACAUUCCUACUAUUGGUGUAGAUUUAUAUUCAAAGCCAAUUCGGAAAUAUAGAAAUGCACCCAUUGAAAAGCAAACAGCUAUUCAAUUCCCAGUGAGAUUGAACAUUUUAGACAUUCCACACAGCGAGCACACCAAGAAAACUGUUUCUCGAUAUUUUGAAAAUUGUCAUGGAGUUUUAAUAGUCUUUGAUAUUACGAGUGUGAAAUCUGUGUCUGCGAUUGAUCAAUGGCGAGGGAAAAUUCCAAAUCAUUUAAUACCCAAUACGAUACUACUUGCUCAUAAAGCCGAGAUGAAACCUCAUAUUAUUAAUUCCAAUUCAUUGGAUAAUUACGUGAGAGAUUCAGGUUUGCUGGCAUGGUUUUCCACGAGCGUCAGAAAUCAACAAUCCAUUACUAGGCCAUUUCAAUACCUUAUUGACAGAACGUUAUCGAAAAUGAUUCGUAAAUAUAACAGCCUACCCACACUCAAUCACCACAUGAAUAAUGGGGCCUCCAAGAAAAUGCAAAUUUCCACCUCGAAUUCGACCACUAACCACAAUUCUAUUGCCAUUAGUGGCCAACCGAAUCAUCAUUCGGGUACACCAGACCUUUCUCCAUAUUCAACCUCAGCCGACUCGUCUAACUCUGCUGAUAACACACCAUGCAACAAUAAGGAUUUUUUGGAAAAUCAAAAGAAUUUUUUGGGAGAGCGUUCUUCCUGUUUAUAUGACAUUCUUGAAGAGAAGAAUCCAAAUCUCACAUUGGAAGCCAUUGAAAAAUUCAAAACUGAAAUUUCUUCAUUCUAUUACCAAUUAUCGAACAGAUUUUUGGAGUUUAAAAAAGUGUGCCAGUCACAACAUAAUGAGAAUGAUUCUCAUUUACUGGAUAUGCUUGUUAAUGAGUGUGAUGCAGAGAAAAUUAUUUUGCUGAACAAGUUGCAGCUUGUAGAGAAGGAAGUUGUAAAAAUUACCUCUACCAUCUCUACUACCACUACAGAGAGCAGUUCUCUUUCAUCCUCUUCUCCAACGAAACAUGUGACCAAAUUGUACAUUGAAUUGAAGAGAGAAUUUUAUAUUGUAAAAAUAGAUAAGUGGAUUAGUUUUUGGAAUUCCCUGAAAACACGAUUUUGCCUUAAUUACAUAUUUUUUGCAUCCAAUUCUUCUUCAAAUUCGAACGAGUCAACAUUGUCCCCUUGCGACACCAAUCCAUCCAGUAGCAGUAGUAGCAAUGGUUCUGAAAUUUCCUCACCUCUCUCUCAACAACCUACGAAUCAAGCAAUUUUAAAAAAGUUGGAAUCUCGUACACACAAGAUUGAAAAAUUGAAGCAUCAAUAUAGAAAUUUGAUAAAAUCAAAUUCUUCUCCUCAGAUCCUCACGCAAGAUAUGGAGCUUCUUGUGGAAAAUGAUAAUACUUUUUCAGUCAUUAAUCAAAACUUUAGUAUUGACAUGAUUUCAGACAUGUAUCCAGCAUUGUCAAACACAAGCAAUUUUUCAAAAGAGAGUCAAAAUGGAAGAGAAGUGAGCCAUCAAUGA